ACUGGGCACUAUGCGAAGGCAUAAUUAAGCAUCCGUUCCGGAAAUCCGAAAGUGUCUGCACGGUGGCUCAUUUUUCCUUCGCAACAUCCCAGUUCCCCAGUUUUUGAAGCAACGAUGCUCACGUCAAAAAUUUCGAAAAUCGGUAAAGUGGUAGUAUGUGGCGGCAAGGGUGUUGGAAAAACCGCUAUGUUGGAACAACUCAUCUAUGGCCACGUUACGAUCGACUCGCAGGAGCUGCACAGCACGAUCGAGGAUACAUACGUGGCCAGCGUGGACACUGGGAAAGGAAGCAGAGAUAUGCUGCGCAUUUACGACACUGCUGGGUUGCAGGGAAACGUUCAGCUGCCCCGUCACUAUCUGCUCUUUUCGGAUGCGUUCAUACUGGUGUACGAUCCGAGCGACCCAGCCAGCCUGGACAUGCUGGCCGGAAUUAAAAGUGAUAUCGAUAAGUACAAGGAGAAGAAAGAGAUGAUAAUUAUUGUGAUAGCAAACAUGCACUCCCGUCAAGCGCGCUUGACAAGUGGAGUACCGAUUAACACCCUCUCGACAGGUGGUGGUAGCACACAGCUACACUCGCCAAACGGAAACCACCACCACAGCAAUGGCGGCGCACACAGCAGUCCCCAAAUCAGCAACAACGAUCUAAUUGAAUCCAAUCUCAAUCGGGCCAACAAUUGGUGCGCACGGGAACGCAUCAAGCAUUACACGGUCAAUGCGAUGGAGCGUGCAUCGCUGUACGAACCGUUCAUACAGCUCGCUAUCCGGCUGUAUCCGACCCAAACCAAAAGCUCCUUUCCUCAGCUCAGACAGCUCACGCAAAAAACGUCCAAAGUGGACAACAGCUAGUGUGCGGUUGCAUUUGUGCGGCCGCCCGUACCAGAGCUUUAUUUAUAUUAGUUGGAUAGUGAAUACGAUAUACUUACGCUGCUAAUUGGCUGUUGAGCAUAGUGAAACCAAAAACAUGGAAAAUCUAUCAUGAAUGGAUCGAGUUCCACGGAUCCGUAUGCAUAUCAUGCAAUUAUGUUUCGCAUGAUCGUAUCGUACGGUAUCGAUCGUACUGCAAUAUAAGUAUUUGUUCAUAGCACGGGCUGCUAUAAUAGUAGAUGGUGAUAAGUAGAUGCGGAAAACGCCCCGUAAUUAUUUUACGUUAAAGUUAGUGUAAUAUUUUAUUUAUGUGUAUCAUUUCCAUCCUUGCUUUUACUGCUCUCCCAAGCAAUGGGAUAAACGUUUCCUUUCCGUUGCAAUUUAUUUUAUUUUACUCUGUGAGAAUCAUCUUAAAUCGUACUUAAAAUAUGCAAUUUAGCUUUAGUAAGCAAACAAUCGAAUCGGGUAAAU